CACUGGAGUCCCCCACACCAGGGAAUUGCAUAGACAGUUGCUUUAGUGCUGAAUAUGGACCAUGUGUUUUCUAGGAUAGGUGAAAUGUCGACAAAAGUGCCAAACAUUAAACUGAAAACUGAUCCUCGGGAUCUGCAGAUCCAGACAUUUACGGUGGAGAAAUUACUGGAGCCGCUGAUAAUUCAGGUUACAACAUUAGUGAACUGUCCACAGAAUCCUUCUAGUAAGAAAAAGGGCCGUUCCAAAAGAGCUCGUGUCUUGCUUGCUUCUGUGGAAGAAGCCACUUGGAAUCUAUUGGACAAGGGAGAAAAAAUUGCCAAGGAAGCAGUUGUGUUUAAAGAGGAACUUCACACGGCUCUCGCUGAUGUGCGGAAAGAGAGUCAGGCCUUGCAGGUGUCAGCAGAGGCGUUCACCAGCGAUCCCUGCUCCCUGCCCAGGAGGCAGGCUGUUGUCCCAGCAGCUCGUGCCCUGCUGGCCGCUGUCACCAGGCUCCUCAUCCUGGCCGACAUGGUGGACGUGGCCUACCUGCUGCAGCACCUGAGUGUGUUUCAAAGAACAUUUGAAUCUUUAAGAAAUGUAUCCAGUAAAUCUGAUCUACAGAAAACCUACCAAAAGUUUCAAAAAGAUCUGGAAAAUCUUGAUUACUUGGCAUACAAACGUCAGCAGGAUUUGAAAUCUAGCAAUCAGCGAGAUGAAAUUGCUGCAGCACGUGCAUCCCUGAAGGAAAAUUCUGCUUUCCUACAUUCAAUAUGUUCAGCUUGUUUGGAACAUUCAGAUGUUGCAUCCCUUACAGCCAGCAAGGAUUCAAUUUGCAAUGAAAUACAGAAUGCUCUCAAUGUAAUUUCUAAUGCUUCCCAAGGAGUUGGAAAUAAAGUGGAGCAACCUGCAUCUCGCACAGCUACUCUUGGAAGUGCACUUGAUGAGCUUGAGAAUUUGAUAGCCCUGGAUCCUCUGGUGGUGAAGGACGAGAAGGUGAGGCCCUCCCUGGAGCAGCGGCUGGAGGCGAUCAUCAGCGGGGCGGCACUGCUGGCCGACUCCUCGUGCACGCGGGACUCGCACCGCGAGCGCAUCAUCGCCGAGUGCAGCGCCAUCCGCCAGGCCCUGCAGCACCUGCUGGCCCAGUACCUCUGCUCCGCUGACAAGGCAGAGAGAAGCGAUGCCUUGAACGUGGCCAUAGAAGGGAUGUGCAAGAGGACCAGAGACCUCCGCAGGCAGCUCCGGAAAGCCAUCAUAGAUCACAUCUCAGACUCCUUCCUAGACACCACCGUUCCACUGCUCGUUCUCAUUGAAGCUGCUAAAAAUGGAAGAGAGAAAGAAAUAAAGGAAUAUGCUGCUAUAUUUCGAGAACAUACCAGCAGGCUUGUGGAGGUUGCCAAUCUUGCUUGUUCGUUGUCAACAAAUGAAGAUGGAACGAAAAUUGUCCAAAUGGCAGCUAAUCACAUUGAGACUUUGUGCCCACAGGUUAUUAAUGCUGCUUUAGCUCUUGCUGCCAGACCAAAAAGUCAAGUUGUGAAAAACAACAUGGAGAUGUAUAGGAGUACGUGGGAGAAUCACAUCCGUGUUCUUACUGAAGCUGUGGAUGAUAUAACAAGUAUUGAUGAUUUCCUUGCUGUAUCAGAGAGCCACAUCCUGGAGGACGUGAACCGCUGCAUCGUGGCGCUGCGGGAGCAGGACGCCGACGGCCUGGAGCGCGCGGCGGGCGCCAUCCGCGGCCGCGCCGCCAGGGUCGCUCACAUCGUGGCCGGCGAGAUGGACAGCUACGAGCCAGGGGCCUACACCGAGGGAGUCAUGGUGCACGUGCAGCAUCUCAGCAGGGCUGUGAUUCCAGAAUUUAUUAGUCAAGUAAAUAUUGCAUUGGAGAGCUUAAGCAAGAACACAGCACAUCUGUUUGAUGACAACCAGUUUGUGGACGUUUCCAAGAAGGUGUACGAUACGAUUCAUAACAUCAGGUGCUCUGUCAUGAUGAUCCGGACUGCCGAGGAGCUGGAGGAUGUGUCUGACCUGGAGGACGAGCAGGAUGCGCGCAGCCGUACCAGCGUGCAGACGGAGGGGAAGACAGACCGGGCCAAGAUGACUCAGCUGCCUGAAGCUGAAAAGGAAAAGAUAGCUGAGCAAGUGGCUGACUUUAAGAAAGUCAAGAGUAAGCUUGAUGCCGAGAUUGAAAUCUGGGAUGAUACCAGCAAUGACAUAAUCGUUCUGGCCAAGAGGAUGUGUGUGAUUAUGAUGGAAAUGACUGACUUCACAAGGGGGAGAGGCCCACUGAAGCACACAUCCGAUGUCAUCAACGCCGCCAAGAUGAUCUCGGAGUCGGGCUCGCGCAUGGACGUCCUGGCGCGGCUCAUCGCUGAGCAGUGCCCAGACCAGUCGUGCAAACAGGAUUUACUGGCUUACCUAGAACAGAUCAAGCUGUACUCACAUCAGCUCAAAAUCUGCAGCCAGGUUAAAGCAGAAAUCCAGAACCUUGGUGGAGAGCUCAUCAUGUCUGCACUGGACAGCGUCACUUCACUAAUUCAGGCCGCCAAAAAUCUCAUGAAUUCUGUGGUGCAGACAGUGAAGAUGUCCUACAUCGCAUCCACAAAGAUCAUCAAGAUUCAGAGUCCUGCCGGCCCACGACAUCCAGUUGUCAUGUGGAGAAUGAAGGCUCCAGAGAAGAAGCCCCUGAUUAAAAGAGAGAAGCCGGAAGAAAUCUAUGCUGCUGUCAGGAAAGGUUCUGCAAAGAAGAGAAUCCAUCCUGUGCAAGUCAUGAGUGAAUUCAGGGGCAGAGAAAUGGUCUAAUGUUUUGCUAUUAUGUCUUCCUAUUUUAAAUUUCCAAUGAUUUUUCAUCUUUUCCCCCACUUAUUUAAUAAUUAUGUAUGUCAAUGUUUUGCUCUAAAUCUGUAAGAUAACACUUGCUGAAAGGAUGUGAAAUGCUGUUGGGUUGAUUAGAAGCACAGAGGUGAAAAGGAAGCAGA